AUGCCAAAUCAGUCUGAUUCUGAAAAUGAUACUCCGAGUAAAAAAUCUAAGAAAUACCUACAAAAAUAUAAGCCUGAGUGGGAACGAGAACCCGAUUUUCUAGGGUGGAUAGGAAGAUGUCAGAAUCCAUAUGAAGCUAAGUGUAAAGUGUGCAAUAAAGUAAUUAAUAUUGCGUCCGGCAAAGAAUCUUUACGUCGACACGCAACAGCUGAAAAACAUAAGAGAAAUUUAUCGAAAGGCUACAAUGAGUUACAUACGCUGGAAGCUACCUCUGACUCCGACGACUCCACCACCCUGGACCCUGACAGUGAGCUGUGGGGAUUCUACGACAAGGAGCCAAGGAAUCGAGCCAAAUGCUCCAUGUGUGGAGUUAUCAUAAACAGACAUCCAGAUACCCUGUACCAACAUUUAAAGGAGGAACAUUCGAAAGUAUCAAAGACGUUAGAAUUCAACGAUCGUGAUGAGAAUUAUACAGAAAUCAUUUACUUAGAGAACCCUCCGAACGAAAAAGAGCGGCCGGUGAAGCGAAAACGGAGAGAGAAGAAGGAUCAAUACGACGAUUUGGAAGACUUCGGGAAAUAUGUUGUUGGUCUGUUGAAGGGAAUACCGGAAGAGCAAUGCACGGAACUGCAGAUGUCAAUUGUCAAUUUGAUUAUGACAGCUAAGAAGAGCGUAAAGGACGAUGAUAUAUUGGAGAGGGAAGAAAGUAUUGAACAGGUACCAGAGCCCACGAAACCGGAAACGGAAGACCCCAUAACCCACGAACAGAAAGAAACAAAGGACACACGCGAAAAACCAAGGAAACGCUACAACGAACUCGGCUCAACAGAUAACGAUGACCAUAUCACGAAUUUCGGCAAAUACCUCACCAGUCUGAUGAAAUUGUUGAACAAGGAAACCAGCGCUGAAGUCCAGUUGAAUAUUGUCAAUCUAAUAAUCGGUACCAAGUUGCAAUGUCUGCGAAAAACUAAAAAUAAAUUCAUGGAAAUACAAACAAAAUUAUUGCUUGCUGAAUCGUAA